UUCACCCUUUACACUGUUCAAGAGAUGGCAGCCAAGCAGACGUUCAUAAUCUGGGCCCCCGAUUACACCGCGGAGGACGUUCUACCUCGUCGUCAAUCUUUACUACAGAAGCAUCUGGAAGGUAUAUACGCGCUCGCAGCGAAAGGCUGGUUUAAGUCUGGAGGCUAUACUGUCACACCUGAGACGACGACGAACCCAGUUCCAGAGAGGAAGGUGACAGGUUCGAUGUUGAUAGUAGAGGAUGAAAGCGUUGAGGCUGUCAGAAAGCUUAUCGAGGUUGACUGUUACUGGACGGAGAACAUCUGGGAUCAUGAAAAGCUUGAGAUUAGGCCAUACUUUUCUGCUUGAGGGGGAGUAAUCCGGUACGGCGAUGGCCUGAUUGAGGGUUCUUGUAUGAAUAAAUAAUCAGACGUUACAUAUACCCACUAGUCUCCGAGGUCAGACCUAGACCUAGCCG